AUGAGCAGUCCAGACUCAUAUUUAAAUCAGCAUAAAUCCAAGCGAAAAGCGUCUCCGAGAUUGAUCGACAAUCCAUUCAUCAAACGCCACAAUAAAAGCUGGGAAAUAUCUCCUCCGCCAUUAUCCAGAAAACGAGCUGAAUCAAGGGCGGAAACGCAGUCACGGAUUGUCCAGGAAUCCUUCACUUCACUAAUCACCGCAAGUGAAGGUCAUCAAAAGGAGGAACCCCAGCAGCCCUUCAGUACAUUUCAGCAGAAUUCAAAAGAAGAUAACCUAAAGCCAGAGACAGCAGAACCGGUAAUCGAUACUGCUGCCGUAGAGGCUGGUCAGGUUCAGAUCCGGGACCAUUUAAAGUUCUUUUCUGAGCACUUGGCUCAGGCCUGUCGACCAGUAGUUGCAGAGAAACCUGUUCCAAGACUGUCUAUUGCAGACUUCAAAGACUUGUAUUUAAGGAACCAGCACGAACAUGGUUGCCAUUUUGUCAUUCAUCAGCAUGAUCAUCCCGUGGCGGGAGUCCAUUAUGAUUUGCGAUUACAAGUGUCGGAAACAAGUUCCAUCAGUUUUGCCAUCAUGUAUGGACUCCCCGGAAAUCCAAAUUCAAAGAGGCUGAAUCGCAAUGCUACAGAGACGAGGGUCCAUAAUCUGUGGAACCAUCUCAUUGAGACGGCAAGUCCUCUGACCGGCUCAAUGCUGAUAUGGGACACGGGCGAAUACCAAGUCCUGCCCUAUCGCACAGAAUCAGCUGCCGUCGAGACUGAUCACUCUGCAUCCGACGGGUCUCUGGGAAGCUUGUACGAGAAUCAUCACUGGGCAGAUAAAGCCCCGGAGAAUGUGAAACUUGCAGAAGCUUUUAAAAACAGCAAAAUCCGCCUACGUCUCCACGGGACCAAGCUUCCUAGGAAUUACACCCUUUCUCUCAGGUUGCUAUCGGCAUUUAACCGUACAGACCAGCACGGGAAACCUACACGACGACGUAGCAGGAGAGUACCAGGACAACGACCAGGAGGCCAAGCCACGCCCAGAGGCACGACGAAAGUCCAAGCGGCACCAACGACGCCUACACCGUCUCCGCCGCCCAUCUUGCCAUCUUCUGCAGCUCAAACAGGGGCAGAACCGCCACCAUCAUUUCUUGCUGUAGGCGGCCGCGGUCAUCUUCCAAUUACAGAAAACGCACCUUUAGAGAAGAAUACUUUUCCAGCACCAUCAUCGUCGGCCGGAAAGGGGAGCGAAGCAGCUGCAAGACAAGGAGAAGAAAGAGGCAAGAGUAACGGUGAUGACAAGGCCCGCGCCGCAGACCGAGACGAGGCUGAAAUCGCUGAAAUGGCCGAACUCGAAGACGAGCAAGUCCGCGCAACAAACGCAUACCCUGGUGCCACCAACUCCAUCGGCUCUGUUCAUCAGCGACGAUGGUUUCUCUCGCUCGAUCGCGUCUCGUCGGGUCUUGUCCGGCGGGGUAAAGCGUGGGUGCACUGCCCUUCUUCUUCUUCUUCUCCUCCUCCUCCUCCUCCUCCUCCUCCAUCUUCUUUUUCUCGUGUCUCGCCAACGUCUCUUUCUCGUCCUGCUAUGCCAGAGGACAAAUGCAGCACUACGUUCCCUUCGUAUGAUCAUCCCGCCACUGACACCGCUACUGAUACUCCCGAUAUCGAUCCCGAUCCCGUUGUUCGUUCUCAUCAAGCCCAAGGCUACCCUCAUGACCAAAAUCAAGAAGGGCAACAAGGCCAUGUACGAGGCCAUGCACGAGCACAACGCGUAAGAACGGGAGCGGGAGCAUCAACCACCGCCACCAUCCUCACCAGCAGUGGCAGUGGUAGUGGUAGUGGUAGUGGUAGUGCAAAUACAAGACUAACGUACCCCUUCUACAUCCUCGGCCGCGACCACGAAACCAGCAUUGUCACAGGCCGGACAGCCGAGCAGGUCAUGGCCGACGAGGGCGUGACUGGCUUCGUCUCGCGCAAGGGAUGGCGCGCUGUUUUGGAAUAG